AUGCCAAGUUCGGUGGCCCUGCGGGUCAGGCUGUCGAUUGCCAAUCCCGCUGUGGAGCGUCUUCUUGUCUGCAUUGGAACCCUAAACGAUGAGCAAGGCAGCGAGGCGCGGGGGGCUCUAGGCAGACUUGUUGCAAGGAAAAUACUAGAAACAUGUGCCCCUUCCCCGAGUGACGUACAGAACCCAGAUGAAAACCGCAUUCAAGCAAGAGAUGCGAAGGGAAGGACUCGCGAGCGGUACGCUUUCCGCCAAUACGGACCAUUUGCAAGGCAUACCUGCAGUCACAGUGGCUCUCGGUUCCGCAGGCCGUGUCGAAACGCGCAGACUUGGGAUUCUGAGAGGGUGUCGGAUUACAUGGGUGUGUGGUGUGACCGUCUGCUUCUAGGUGAGCACAACAACCCACGGCGAUGCGCGCUGCUCGAGCCGCGUGUUCCGGUCGUCAUGGUGGGUGAGUCACUAGAACGUGUUCUCUUGGCUCAUCGUGGCUUAAGAGGAAGCGAUAUUCUCUUCAUCUUUGGAAGUCCUUGUUUUCCAUUUGGCGCCACGCGCCUCAUUUCUUUCAGCGACGCACUGCUGGAUCCUCUCUGCAUAUCUUACCCGUCUCGGCAUCAACUUGUAGGGACUGUGUUACAUUGUCUGGAGUGUGAGUCUUCCAUACCUUCAGCACUCGUGGUGGGGCUCGGUAGCACGCAUGGUCUUCGGACUGCGUUUGAACCCGAGGAGAAAGUACUAAUUGAGUCUCGAAUCGUGCCCUUGCUGGGCUUUGUCAGCGCAUUGUGGACUGUUGAUCCGUUGAAGGCGUCGGAGUACCUCCAGAGUAACCCACAAAAUAACGCCCGCCUGUGGGGCACCAUGCAGUCAUCCAUGUUAUCCACGCGAGAUGCGGCUCUGCUUCGUGCAUUCGAGUCAGGCCAGCCGCUUGAUGCACGAUUGAGUCAGCAACAUACCGCAUACCUCGCGGAAACACUACUUGACCGCUUAUUCCCUCAAUCGGGGCAGUGA